UUAUUAUUACGGUUUUAUCCGCCGACGAUGAUUUCGCUGACGGCGUUGCUGCUACAGCUCUGCCUCACGACGGCCGCGGCUCAGGUCACGGCAGGUGCAGGGCCGCCCGCGCCCCGCUGUCCGACCAGCUGCGGCGGCGUGAGCUUGCCCUACCCGUUCGGCGUCGGCGACGGGUGCUCCUGGCCGGGAUUCAGCCUCAUCUGCGACCGGACGCGCGGCGGGCAGCCGCGGCUGCUCGUCGGCAGCGGCCUCCAGGUCCUGGACAUAUCCCUGGACAACUCCACGGUGCGAGUCGUGGACAGCGCCGGCCAGGUCAGCCUCACCUUCUCCGGGGGCCUCGACGGCAACGGCUCGUGGGGCGGCCUCGGCGCCGGCGGCCCGUACGUGUUGUCCGAGGCGCGCAACCAGUUCGUCGUGACAGGGUGCAACGUGCAGGCCACGCUGGUCGGGGACGGCGGCGGCGGCAACGUCAUCAGCGGCUGCUCCUCCUUCUGCUCCAUCAACGACAAGUGGACGGGUGCCGUGACCAGCUCGAGCUCCACCGGCGACGGGGCAGCCAGGUGCUCCGGCAUCGGCUGCUGCCAGACGCCCAUACCCAUCGGCCGGCCCUCCUACCGUGUGGAGAUCAAGUCGCUCGAUUCCACCAACGAGUACGCCGGCCGGCUGCCCGUCGCCGUGCGCAUCGCUGAGAGAGGGUGGUUCGACGGGGCCUCCGCCGCGCUCCUCAACGACUCGGCCGGGUACUCGCCCACGCGCCGGCCGGCCGUGCCCGUCGUCCUUGACUUCGCGGUAGAUUCCAAGCCAGUGGUGCUGCCAGGGGUGGCGACGUCCGGCUGCCCCGUGGACGCACGGAGGAGCGCGUGCCGGAGCAGCAAUGCCUCCUGCCGCAACGUCUCCGGCAACUACCGCAGCGGCUACGUGUGCCGGUGCCAGGACGGGUACCAGGGCAACCCAUACAUCACCGACGGAUGCCAGGACAUCGACGAGUGCGCGCUGCCUGGCAUGUGCUUCGGCGAGUGCACCAACACGGCGGGAGGGCACUUAUGCCGGUGCCUGCGUGGUGCCCAAGGUGACCCACGCAUAAGAAAUGGCUGCAUCAAAUCUUCUCUAGGUUUAAGUGUCGGCAUAGGAGUUGGCAGUGGAGCCGGCCUUCUACUCAUGGUACUUGGUGCUAUUUUGGUGACCCGGAAGAUGAAGCAACGGAGGGAAAAAAUGCUCAAGAAGAGAUUCUUCAAGCAAAAUCGAGGGCAUCUGUUGCAAUCAUUGGUGUCUCAGAAGGCCGACAUUGCUGAGAGGAUGAUCAUCCCCUUGAUGGAGCUGGAAAAGGCCACCAAUAGUUUCGACAAAGCUCGUGAGAUCGGUGGAGGAGGGCACGGCACGGUUUACAAAGGCAUCAUGUCAGACCUACACGUCGUGGCGAUCAAGAAGUCCAAGGUCGCGAUCCAGAGGGAGAUUGACGAGUUCAUAAAUGAGGUAGCCAUCCUCUCGCAGAUCAACCACCGAAAUGUAGUGAAGCUCUUUGGGUGCUGCCUCGAGACGGAGGUGCCACUGUUGGUGUACGAGUUCAUCUCCAAUGGGACCCUUUACCAUCAUCUUCAUGUCCAAGAACCAGGGCCAUCCCUAACAUGGGAAAAUCGUCUAAGGAUCGCUACAGAAACCGCGAGAGCUCUUGCCUACCUUCACUCGGCGGUAUCAUUUCCUAUAGUCCACAGGGAUAUCAAGUCCCAAAACAUUCUGUUGGAUGGCACUCUCAUAGCAAAGGUAUCAGACUUCGGAGCUUCAAGGUGCAUUCCAAUCGAUCAAACAGAGACAGCAACCGCUAUCCAAGGGACAUUUGGGUACCUAGACCCUUUGUACUUCUACUCGGGACAACUCACCGAGAAGAGCGACGUUUACAGCUUCGGCGUCCUCCUCAUGGAGCUUCUAACUAGGAAAAAACCAUGCUCCUAUCGGUCAUCCAAGGAGGAAACCCUCGUCGCAUAUUUCACCGCUUCACUAGCAGCAGGCAAGCUGGUUCGCGUUCUAGAUCCCCAGGUCAUGGAAGAAGGCGGCAAGGAGGUUGAAGAAGUAGCUGUGCUGGCAAUUGCAUGUGUCGGGAUUGAAGUUGACCACCGACCAACCAUGAGGCAAGUGGAGAUGACACUUGAGAACCUUGGGGCCUCGCAUGCUAGCUUUGUUAUGCAUGACACGGAUGUGCCGAAGUAUCCAGUGGUUGAAGGUAUGAACAUGGAGGAAACAAGCCGGCAAUAUAGCUUGGAAGCAGAGUAUUUAUUGUCAUCAAGGUACCCUCGGUAGUCAAUAUAUUUCUUGUGUGACCAGUUUACUUUGAGAGUUAAUGAUUCGUUCUGUAAUUGGAUAUAACAAGGAUAUAAUGUUUUAUGUAGCCCAUGUAUUUUUUUAGACAAAAGGCAUGAGCCCGACUUUAUAAAUAAAGCCACCAGGCAGAGUAACAACCAU